CAGAAGGCUAGGAACAUUGCUUCAUGUGACCUAUCAUUAUGUCCUGUGAGUACAAAGGACUCGAGGACGCUGCAGCCUGGCCCAGUGGGGGCUGGCCCUAAUAGGCUUUUUUUCCCCCCCAGAAACGGGCCCAGGAUGCUUUGGUCAUCCUGGGGGGUGGCGGACUUCUCUUUGCUUCCUACCUGACAGCCACGGGGGAUGAGCAUUUCUACGCUGACCACUUGAUGCCAGCUCUGCAGAGGCUGCUGGACCCAGAGUCAGCCCACAGACUGGCCGUUCAGUUUACCUCCCUGGGACUCCUUCCCCGAACCUCAUUUCAGGACUCUGACAUGCUGGAAGUGAGAGUUCUGGGCCAUAAAUUCCGAAAUCCAGUAGGAAUUGCGGCAGGAUUUGACAAACACGGGGAAGCUGUGGAUGGACUUUAUAAGAUGGGCUUUGGAUUUGUUGAGAUUGGAAGUGUGACUCCAAAACCUCAGGAAGGAAACCCCAGGCCCAGAGUCUUCCGCCUCCCCGAAGACCAAGCCGUCAUUAACAGAUACGGAUUUAACAGCCAGGGGCUCUCCGCAGUGGAACACAGGUUACGGGCCAGACAGCAGAAGCAGGCCAAGCUCACAGAAGAUGGGCUGCCCCUGGGAAUAAACCUGGGGAAGAAUAAGACGUCGGCGGAUGCGGCCGCGGACUACGCAGAGGGCGUCCGGGUGCUGGGCCCCCUGGCCGACUACCUGGUGGUGAACGUGUCCAGCCCCAACACGGCCGGGCUGCGGUGCCUUCAGGGCAAGGCCGAGCUGCGCUGCCUGCUGACCAAGGUGCUGCAGGAGAGGGAGGCCUUGCAGGGAGCACGUAAGCCGGCAGUGUUGGUGAAGAUCGCCCCUGACCUCACGGCCCAGGACAAGGAGGACAUUGCUGGCGUGGUGAGAGAGUUGGGCGUUGAUGGAUUGAUUGUCACGAACACCACAGUGAGCCGCCCCACCAGCCUUCAGGGUACCCUGUGCUCUGAAAUGGGAGGGCUGAGCGGGAAGCCCCUCCGGGAUUUAUCAACUCAAACCAUUCGGGAGAUGUACGCACUCACCCAAGGCAGAGUUCCCAUAAUUGGAGUCGGCGGGGUCAGCAGCGGGCAGGACGCGCUGGAGAAGAUCCGGGCGGGGGCCUCCCUGGUGCAGCUGUACACAGCGCUCACCUUCCAGGGGCCGCCCGUGGUGGGCAGAGUCAAGCGGGAGCUGGAGGCCCUUUUGAAAGAGCAGGGUUUUGGCAGAGUCACAGAUGCCAUUGGAGCAGAUCAUCGGAAGGAGGGCAUUGUCUGUCAGGAAGCCUGAUCUGGAACCUGCCCACAAACUCAGGCGAGCCUUUGUGGCUGCAUUGUGAGAGGAGAGACUCUGUCUCAAGCCGUGUGUCCCGCAUGGUGGCCUGGUCUGGCCUCACCGUAAAAGCCAAUCGUGGGGUCACCAGAAUCAAGAGAAGGCUGUCUUCAGUCCCUUGGUCAGACCAUAAACUGCGUUUGUGAUGCUUUCUAGGUUCAAAUCCUAGGAUCCUUCAGUACUGCAAGGACAUUGGAUAUUUGG